AAUGACUCCUGUUAAGCUUCGUUUACUUUCCCUUGUUUUCGAUGAUCGUCAUGCUUUGGAUUUUCUGGCGGCCAUUAUUAAUUAAGUAGACACGAUUCGCGAGCCGAGGCGUCAUAGAUAAAUAAACCAUCAAACACCCAUCUUACUCAGUCUGCGGCGACCUUACAGAAUAUUUACUAGUACAUAUACCAGACUCUGAAUCGAGAUGCUGCUUAACCAAGAGGUCAGCAAAUUCAUAGAAAAAGAAAUCCCCUGGAUCAGUUCCCUACCAAUGGUGACAUCAUUGAUAAACGGACGACACGUCAUCAUUGACUACAUGACGCAACCUCAAAUCACAGAGACCUAUUGCAUGAUACAGGAGGCGGCUCAAAACGGGGACGGGUACGGGAUCGACGAAUUCGACUCCGAGAAGGACUUCCGUCGGGAAAUCGAAGGAAGUGAUUGUUACGCCGUGAUUUGUAAGGAAAGCGGAGAUCUAUUGGCCGGGUUCAUUUUGGCGGUCAGCAAGUUCUAUAGAGGAGUGAGUGGAGUAGUAGACCCGUUUAUUAUAGUCAAACGCUCCGAACGAAAUCAAAAACUUGGUGAGUUUUGCAUGAGGAAGGCCAUCGAGUUUUCCAAGAAACUCGGAUACAUGGGAAUGUACGUGGACACUUUCUCCAACAAUGUCGCCGUUCAGAGAAUCCUUGAAAAAAUUGGAGAUUUCCAGAAAGUUGGAUUCCUGCCAAUGGGUGGUAAAUUGCAUGAUGGACAAUUAAUAGGCUCUGUGAUUUACUACCGGGACCUACAAACAAACCCUUCAGACGACACGUGAUUGCGUUUUUAAUGUUCAUUUUCCCCAUGGACGGCCUAAUAUCCAAUUAGGUCAAAAUGAGUUGCCUUGAAAGAACUAUAAAGCUGGAUUUCACCGGUUUUUACAUCUUACUUACAAACGGCUUGCCAAGCGAAGAAGGAAUUUAAUUAGUCAAUUCUGUCUGCAGUGGCCAAUGCACCAAGAAGAAAGGUCUCUCAGGCACAUUCUACCGAGAACUUUUAACAUUCCAGAUGGUUUAUAUUGUAGAUAUCACGAAGAAUUUGAUUCAAAACAAACGAUAUCUAUAUACACAAUGUACAAUUAUUCUAUAUUAAUGUCUGAAUAAAAUUAUUAUAAAAAGA